UACAUGCAAAUUAAUCGUAUGAUUUAAAUUUUACAAUGGAAAUAAAUCUGCGAUGACUUUAAAAAUUUCCGUAACGCGCUAUUUUUGUUAGAUAAAUCUAAAAUACGGGAUAAAUUGUACGAAUUGGUACAAUGAUAUUUAUAUUGCAGAAUUUUAAAUAUUACAAUUCGAGAAAGUAACUCAAUAUUUUUUAUAAUCGAUUUAAAAUACUUUAAAUAUCCUGUGCAUUUGCGAUUCUCUAAAUAAAAUCAAAUGCGUAUAGUGAAACAAGUCGCGAUCCUUUGAUGCAAACGAGGAAAAGUGAAAGGACCUCAUGCUUCGAACACACUAUCUGACACAAUCUACUCCAAAGUCCAUUACAAGUGUAUACUCGUCGUGAUUAACAAUUAAAAUGAUUUUAUGACCUCGAUUUGUUAAAUUAUUCUGAGAGAACAUUAUGAACAAGACGGAAUUCAACAUUGUCCUGAGCACGGAGCCACCGAGGACGUCUCCGAGCGUGAUUCACUCUCACAUUCCGGUGCCCAGAACAUCGGCCGCGAUCAAGGCCCAAGAGAGAUGUCCUCCAAAACGCAGAGGAUCCUUCGAGAAGCUUGGUCGCUGCACGGGCACCGUGGCUGCCCAAAAAGCGACCUUCGAGAAGCUCGACGCUUCUGUGGUACAGCUGAGGUCGCGUAACAAUAACAAUCACUUGUCGACUUCUAGCAUUGAGAUUAGAAACUUUGAGGAGAAAUCAACGCCGAUGAGCAAUUACAAGAUAAACGACGUCGUCAAGCUCAACGGCAGCAACAGCUUCACCGAGAGCAAAUGGAAAAAUAAAUACGAUGACUCGGAAAAGAGACGGAAACUUCUGCUGCAGAAGAACGAAGCUGCGAUUAAGGAGCAUGUAGAUCUGGAAAAAAAAUAUCAACAAUUGCAAAGGGAAAAUAGCGCGUUGCAAUCGCACGUUCAAGAAAAAGAGCAAAAAUUGCAAAAAUUGCGAACAGUUUCCGAAGCGGUAUGUAAAGAAUAUGAACAAUUAAAAAAUCAAUAUAAUGUGGAAACGAAUGCGAUGCACAAAGCCAUGCAACAAGCAUCUCAGUGGUAUCGACAAAACCGCGAGCUCAAACGAAGAUCCCAAAUCAUUGCACAAAAGCUUUUACAUAGCAAUCCGGAAGAGCUGCUGGGUUUUGAUGUAUCCGACGAAGUGGACUCAAAUUUUGAGGAUUUAGAUCAAUUGAGACAAACGGUAAAAGAACUAAGUAGUGAAAUUGCACGAUUGCAAACGGAACUUCGUUCCGCGCGGCUUCAAGAAUUCGAAGCGCAAGAACAGGUAACACAGCUGACCACGCAGCUGGAAGAAGAAAGAGCUUCUCGACAAAAAGGUGAAGAGAAAAUUAACGAGAUGAAAGUGCACAAAGGAAACAUGGAAAGAGUUACGAAAAUGGUAGCCGAGGAGGUGCAAGCCCUGAAGACGCAAUGCGAUCGCGAGCGAGAAAACGCGAAAAUUCUGAAGAUAGAAGCCGAAAAAGUUCAAAAAGAACGGAAUGUCUUAGCGCACCAAAGCGCUCUUCUUAUGGCCGAAGUCGGAGAUGAUCCGAAUGGAAGAUUAUUAACUGUUUUGCAAGAGGUGGAAUCUCUAAAGAGACUAUUAGAGGAAGAACAGCAAAACUAUGCUCGCCAAGUGCAGAUAUUGCAGGAGAAAUUGGAGGAAAAAGAAUCAAAUGUGGAAUUUGAAAUUGUCGAGGAAAAGUUGAAGCUCGCAGAGUCUGAGUUAGAAGUAAUUCUUCACAGAGCUGAAAGAGCCGAGAAAUCGGUGGAAGAGCUGGAGAAUGUAGUGCAAUGCUUAAAGCAGAAAGUCAGUGAAUUGGAGGAAAAAGCCUCAAAACCACCACCACCACCUCCACCACCACCUCCGAUGUUAGGAGCUGGUCAAUCGUCGAUAAAAUUGCUGACCAGAGAAAAGUUGACCUCAGAACGUACAGCUGUAAGCGACAUGGAAAACAUGCUUGGCAUUACGCCAAAGAAAACACCUGCGGUCGCACAACAACCCGCCAUUGAUGAUAUUAUCAACCAAAUUAAAGGCGGACGAUUUACGCUGAAGCAAACAGACAAACAACGAGAAGAGGAGAGAAAAAGACGACAAGAAGCAGAGAGUGCCUCGCCAGCAGUUUCUGAAAUGCUAAACAUUCUUGGUACUAUGAGACGAAGAGCCAAGCCAAUAAGACAGUCGUUUAAGUUUACAGACACGGCAUCUUAGUAAUAGAAGUUGUGUAAAUAGAAACAAUAUGUAACUUGAAAAAGAAAAAAAUUGUCGAGUCUCAAAUAAUCAAUUAGACUAUAUACGUUAUAAAUUUACAA